AUGGCAAGCCGGCGAAGCUCAGCGAUCUCAUCGCUCCACCAGUGGACCGCUUUCCUGCCUUCGAACGCCGACCUGGGUGGCAUUGAGGCGUCACACAAGGCGGAGAGUAGGUCCUUGAGUCGCUCUGCAUGCACCGAAGCAGAUGCGUUGAUCGAUAAAGAUCUUGGUGUACCAGACAGUUCAAAGAACAAUUCAGCCGCAGCCGGAUUGAACUUUCUGACUGACCAGCCCGGUGCCCCAGAUCUCGAUGGCCGGCUCGCAGUGUUCUGUAUUGGUCGGGGCGAUACGUGGAAUUCUAUGUAA